CAAUGAACCACGAGAGUUUUCCGGGAGUCCUCCACCACCGCCAUCACCUGAAAACGUUGUGGAAAACAUGGAAGGAGCCGAAGAGGCCCAACGGUCACCCAAGCUCCGCAGGAGUCAGAGGAUUCUAAAUCGGGAAAGAAAACGUAAGGAGCUAGAAGCCCAAUCAUCGAGCACCGUGAAUGGGGGAACAAGCAGAAGGGGAAGGCUCCGCAGACCGAGAAGGACUCUAUACGGAGAACAUACGGUCAACUGCCGCAAGUGCGGAACUGCCACGGUCUUUUUCCCGGCUCGCACCAAGUUCUUCUCCUGUGCCGAGAUAGAUGGUCGAUUGUUCAAGGUGAAGCGGAUCUCGGCCAAGAAGGUGCUGGGUGGUGCCUAUCGCAAGGAGCCAAAGAAGCGGACUGCUUCUAGCAAACUUGUGCGUUGAAGAAAGUUGUUUUGUUGAAAUGCUAUCCUUUCGUUUGUUUCUUCCGAAUUUUCAAUAAGUAUUUAUUUGUUUUCUAAAUUACUCGUACCUGGAAUUGUUAUAUAAACAAUCUUUAAAACAAGCUAAAUUGCUUCGCAGCGAAAA